AUGGAAAAGAAAAGAAAAAUCAUAGUAUCAAUAGUUGUUUCACUUUCGCUCAUCCUUGUGGCGGUAGUUGCCACUGGGGUCAUCAUGGCCGUUAAUAACAAGAAAAGCAAUGGCGCUGAUGAAGUGCAAAACACUAAAGAAAGGUUCACGAGUCUCAUGUGCCGCAACACACAAGAGGAUCAAAACCUCUGUCGCGAGGUUCUAAGCCAAGUUGAUGGUUCUUCUUCUUCCGACCCGAAAGCAUAUAUCGACGCCGCCGUGAACGAUAUCAGAGACAGCGUCACCACCGCCCUAAAGAUGAUAACGACUGAGGAGGAGUUCUCCAAAGAUGACAAUGGAAUCAAGAUGGCCAUUGAUGGUUGCAAAGAAGUCAUGGAGUCCGCAUUGAGCAGCCUCGAUCUUUUCAGCAAUGCGCUUCGCAGCAAUCACGACAUUAACUCCGUGCAAACGCAAAGCCCCGACCUCAAGAACUGGCUUAGCGCCGUUAUCUCAUAUCAGCAAUCUUGUGUUGACAUUUUUGAAGAUCAAAAUGAAGGAGAGAGAAAAAUCAAAGAACAACUACAAAGCCAGAGUUUGGAUCGUGUUGAGAAGGUUUCCAUCAUAACUCUCGAUAUUGUUACUGGUUUAGCUAAGAUCAUUGAAGAUCUUGGUGUGCAUGUGCAAAUGAAACCCAUUUCUUCUUCUGGGCGUGUUCUUCGCGAAGAGGUUGAUAACGAGGGGUUCCCCGAUUGGUUUUCCUCUUCAGAUCGCAAGCUGUUGGCGAAGGAUGUGAAGUUUUAUGUUCCAAAUGUAGUGGUUGCUAAAGAUGGUAGUGGAAACUUUAGGACGAUUCAGGAUGCAAUUAACUCAUACCCAAAGACAAAGAAUUUUCAGGGAAGGUACAUUAUCUAUGUUAAGACGGGGAUCUAUAAGGAGAAUUGUACGGUUCCAUCUCAUGCAAUGAACGUUUUCAUGUAUGGCGAUGGCCCUACUAAGACCAUUGUCACUGCUAGUAUGAGCAAUGUCACCCACAACCUCAAGACCAUGUUAACUGCCACUUUUGUGAAUAAAGCGGGAAUGUUUCUUGCGAAGGACAUGAGGUUCGAGAAUGCAGCUGGUGCAAAAGGGCACCAAGCAGUUGCACUCAGAAAUGUAGGAGAUUUUUCAGCUUUUUAUAACUGCCACAUACACGGUUAUCAAGACACUUUGUAUGUUCAAGCCAACAGACAAUUCUACCGCAACUGCGAAAUUGCUGGAACAGUUGACUUUAUCUUCGGUACAUCCCCCGGAUGGGCCCCUCAUGAUGGCAAUGAGAUGAAAGGCUUCUUAGAUAUUUGUGAGUAUGGAAAUACCGGACCAGCUGCUUCAGUUCAUGGAAGAAUCAAGUGGAAGGGAUAUCGUGGUAUAAUAACCAAGAAUGAAGCAAUGCGAUUCACUGUUGCUGAAUUCCUCAAGGGUGGACCUAACAAUAGUGCUGACCAAUGGUUGAACGCUCUUGGUGUUCCUUUUGACAGUGGUUUUCUAAGACCAUAA